GAUGCAAUUGGAGGGGUGCAGUCCUCCAGGUCCCCUGGGAGAGCUAAUGCAACCCGCAAGCCUCCCAGAAUUGUCCACCUCUGCUCUUAAACAAGAAUGUUUCAAAAGGCAUGCUAUUCAAAUGUGGCAUAAACUCUCUUGCUAGGUAGAUGAAACUGCUAUACAAGGGGAGCAAAUGCAGGCCCUCAUGGACCAUGUGCCACAUAUGCCCUAAGCAGCCUUUGAUAACACUCUGAUGUCCAGCCCAAAAGAUCUGCUCUUCUUUCUACAGGAUGCUUCUGCUACCAGCUUUAAGGGCUGCCUCAGAAACUUGAAACUAGACAGGAAGCCUCUGGUCUCACCAUCCCGCAUAUUUGGUGUAACCCCUUGCUAUGUGGGUCCUUUGGAAAAUGGCAUCUUUUUCUCUGCUGAAGGAGGAUACGUGACUCUAGACAGAUCUGUGGCUAUCGGACAGGAUUUUGAACUGAUGCUGGAAAUUCGUCCGCGGAGUGCAUCUGGUCUUAUUUUUCACAUAGGCACAAAACGAACAAACUACCUCAGGCUAUAUUCAGACAGCCAAAAGGUCACUGUGAUUGCAAACACUGGUGCUGGAGAGUUCUCCACCUUUGUAGCUCAACCUUCACUUUGUGAUGGCCAGUGGCAUACGAUAGCAGUCAUGAAAGGCAGCAAUGUGAUCCAGUUAGAUGUAGAUACAGAGGGAAAUUACACAGUGGGACCCAACCAAGCUGAUGAAGCUGCUAUCAAAGAAAAUUUCUACCUUGGUGGAAUGCCAGAAUUUACCAGCUUUGCUCUCGCUUCACCACUCCAUAUAGCUCAUUUCCCACCCUAUGUUGGUUGCAUGAGGAACUUGGUGAUAAACCGGAACCAGAUUGACCUGAGGCAAGCUGAGACAAUGAGGGGCUCAGUGGGGCUUAAUGGGUGUCCACUUAUGUAGACACAAUUUCUGUACAAGUGAGUCAGGACUACAAAAAGUUACACCACCUCCAUAAAGCUUCCUUUUGUAACUGGGUUUACCUUGCUACAGGAAAAAACACUCCCUGUUUAGAACCAACAGCGUGUUUCCAGCAGAGUGGACUCAGUCAUAUUUUUGUUUGGUAAAACAUUUCCCCCCUGUUAUGUCAGCAGUAAGGUAUUCUGAACAGAGAAAGGGAUGUGCAUAUCAGUAUUUAUAAAGAGUGUCAAAGGGUAAGAUGUUCACUCUCACCUGUGCAAUUACUGUCAGUUUUUAUUGCCUUAAACAUUUCACCAGAUUGCAAUAUCCAAAGGACAAGAAUUAAUGGUUUAACCGUAUGAUAGCUUCAAUGCUGGCAUUAUUCUAAUGUCAUUUCAUAACUUCUAAGACACUUGGGUCACAAGGCCUGAGCAGUGUUUAUAGUCCAAAAUAAUUGGAAAUUACCAGCUGUCAACAGUUAAUUUUGAGGACUAAGAAAUGAAUUCAAGUGUUUGCAAUAUUAUCUCCCACUCUAAUGAGGGGAAAUUCACAUAUCACUUUCUAAGCAAAAGAUAAGUAAAGAUGUACCAUUAUGGUAACCUGAAGGUCAGAAAUACAAUGGAGCUUCUUUGUAAGCUACGCAAGAAGUUUAAUACAUUCCUUAAGAAACUUCCAUGGUGCUUAUUACUAGCCCAAAGCAAGAACAGCAUUAAAGUAUUAAGCAGCCUCUUGCAGGGAAGGGGCCAGCUGGUUCUUGUAUCACUGUUUUCUUUUUGGGCUUAGCCCUCAAUGCUCCUUACAUUCACUAACACGACAAUAUAUGGGUCACUUGUGCACUUAGAGAUGUCCAUAUAUAUAUAUUUGUAUAUAUCUCAUCACAUGGGACAAAUAUUGGUUCUGAAAGGACUUAAUAACUUAUCAGUAUAUUGGUUUUAAUGCUGGGGUACAUAUUGUAAAAUGGAUUUAACAAACCUUGGUUUUUCUUUCAACAAAUGUAAUUAUCUGUUUGGGAUCUGUACUAUUAAGGCAUGAUUCUCUGUAAAUCACUGGUACAUACUUUUAAUUCAAAUAAAGUUUUAUGGUCUAUACUUUGUAAAAAAAAUUGUACAGAACAUUUUUUGUACAGAGUUGUCUAAUGCAGAAGAUAGGGAUCAUACUUGUUGAAUCAAUAAAUUAGGAUACCAUGCUGGGACACACUACAAGAGAAACUCUGAAACAUUUCCCUAAACCAAUUUGUCUUAACUUGAAAGAAAUUUCAAGACAGACGGGGUUCAGUCAGGCUACUUUCCUUUUGGACACAUAAGCCUGGCACCCUAAAUCUGUACCUAAAAGCCUACAACGUGCUUGCCCCCAACUCCAUACAAUAUGCAGCUACAACCGGCUAUUCUCACUUAAGUAUAUCUGUGAAAUUCACUGUCCCUCCCAGUAUGUGCAAGCAUCCUGUCCUGUUUAUCUAGGUUUUCACACUUCAACAUGCAUAGAUUGCUGAUAGACAUCCACAAUUCAUACAGAAUCUGAAGGGGGAUAUUAUAGAAGCAAAGGUAUGAAGUAUAAGCCAUCUACAUGUUUUUGCAAUAAUUGCCUUGGACCUGAAUGCCCACAUGUGAUCAAAUCAAAGAAAGGGUUCUCUUUUUGCUUUAUUGCAAAGGCUAGGGACCCAGUAUAUAUGUCAUCAUUUAAUCAAUUUAUAUGUUACUUAAGAGUACCUCAAAUUAUCUGAAAGUGUAGACAAAGAAUGGCAUGUGGGAGAAAUAAAAACUAGGUUUAUGAGACCAGUAGAUACUUCCCACAAUAAGGCUACUAAAUCCAAACAAUUGGAUCAUAGUUGAUCACUCUGCUAGGUGCAGAUGAGGCCUUGGAAAAGCAUAA